AUGCACGUGGGAAUGGGUGAUAGGGCAUGUGGGAUGGGAGACUCGGAAAGGGAGAUUGAACAUGUGGGAAGGGGGAUGGAGCACGAGGGAUGGGAGAUUGUGCACUGGCUGAACGUGCAGCUGCAGGAAGUGUGGAAGUAUGUGGACCGGGCAACGUCUCAUCUGGUGAAGGAGGUGGUGGAGCCAAUGCUGGACAGCUACAAGCCCUCAGGAGUGUCGUCGCUCACCUUCAAGCGCUUCAAGCUCGGCAGCAACGCGCCGCGCAUCGAAGGUGUGAAGGUACAACGGCUGGUGGAGCAGCAGGUGAUGGUUGACAUGGACCUGUGGGUGGGGGGGGGCUCGUCAAUCAUCCUCGCCAUCGCCAGCAUGGGCGUCAAGAUGCACGUGCAGCUGAAGGACCUGGAGCUGAGGGCGAGGCUGCGGCUCAUCUUGCAGCUGGGGGAGGAGCUGCCAUGCAUCGAUGCUGUCGUCAUCUCCAUCCACAAGAAGGUGCGCUUUGCGCCUCUUCACUUUCAGGUGCAUCAAUGCCGUGCCCCUCUUGCUGACUCUAGGAGCGCUCCCCUUGAGCACACGCCUGCUUCACUGCACCCGGGGGAGGAGCUGCCGUGCAUCGAUCCGCGCAUGCGGAUCGAGUACAAGCUGAAGGCGAUUGGGGGGCAGCUGUCGUCCAUUCCGGGGCUGGCGGGGAUGAUUGACAGCACGGUGCACAGCGCCAUCGAGAGCACCCUCAUGUGGCCCGAACGCAUUGUCGUGCCGCUCUCCCCCACCUUUGACGCGAGCGCACUCGAGAUGCACUACGGGGGUUCUCUGGUGGUAACCGCGUGGAAGGCGGAGGGAUUAAAGAAUGUGGAUAUGAUGAGCGUCUCGGACCCCUUUGCCAUUCUCUGGACGCACUCCAAGCACAAGGCUGUCACCCGCACCAUUGAUAACGAUCUCAACCCGGUCUGGAACGAAACUUUCGAGCUGCCCGUGGACGACAUCCACACUGCAGAGCUCUUCAUUCAGGUGGAGGAUGAGGACAGCUUUGGGAGUCAGAACCUGGGGUACGCCAUGUACCCUUUAGUGGACCUCCUCGAUAAGGACACAGUGCAGACGGUCACGCUGACGCUGCUGCCGAAGCUCAACAAUGACCGCAUGCUAGGCAUCGACCACAAGCUGGGGCGCAUCACUCUGCAGGUGAGGAGGCAGUCUGUGUAG